AUGCGAGUGGUAUUAGCCGACGAUAGUCCCACGACAUACGGGAACGGCUGGAUCCGACUUGAGACCGAGGCAGUAACGUUACGCCUGGCUGGUCAAGAAAGCCGAGAAAAGAUUAGCAUUAUGGAUCUUGGAGAGACCGAGAUGAUAAUUGGCUACGAUUGGUUGUUGAAGCACAACCCUGCCAUCGAUUGGCAAAAGAAGACAUUACUCAGCCGAGAGCCUGUGCACAAGGUUGCUAGAGUACGACACGAGACACGCCCGACGAAUCAGCGCGCAACCCAGGACGGGAGAUUCGGCAUGAUCUCACCGCAUAAGAUCGCGAGAAUCUAUGCGAAGGACCCUCAGAGCGUAGGAGUCAUUUGGAUACGGCAGAUCGCGACCACGAAGGAAGGAUCGGUACCACAGUUGGCG